CAAGGGAAGAUUCUCUCUUUCUCUCUCCCAAUGUUUUAAAAUUUCUGGCCUUCACAAGUUCCCAACCAUAGAAGCAAAAGCUGUAGCCAAGGGGUGAAAAAAAAUAAAAUCCCAGAGUAGCAAAAGCUUCUCCUGCCGGCUUCUUCUUCUUCAUCUUCAUCGUCUUCAUAGAAACCCAAGAUGUCACCGUUCUCUGCUUGAUUGUCUGUUUCUUCAUCUGAAGCCGUUUGCUUCCACUACUUGUUCUCAGUCACUGAGUGAUGGGUGUGAGCUCUACUCUCUCUCAGACUUUCCACAUUACAGUAAUUCUCACAAGAAGCUCUUUUUGCCGUAAUCAUUAGAUUGAAGCCAACACAUGUGCCCCUGAGAAUUCAAUCUCACACAACAUUGAUAAAUACAUAAAACACAUAAAUAUAUGUCGGGUGGGAAACUCUACAGUGCUUCAGACAUGAAUGUUAUUUUUCAAAACGAAAAGCUCCCUUGCUCUUCUGACGUUCUUGAGUCUAUUUGGGUUCCCACUUCUUCCUCCUCUUUUCAUGUUCCUCUCUGUAAACAAAAUGGGGAGACUUUCAUCAAUAGAAGAAAGAUAGAGAAAACCCCACCGAGUUCAAAUUCAGUGGUUAAUUUUGAAAGUGCAAGUGGAGAAGACUCCUUGGAUAGGUCAUUCUUCCGACCGAUUGAUAAAGAAAAUGGGGAUGACGAUUAUGAUGCAAGCCUUAAUCAACCAGGAAAGAAAAGGCGGCUUACGGUGGAUCAAGUUCAGUUUCUGGAGAAGAACUUUGAGGUAGAAAACAAGCUUGAACCAGAGAGGAAGGCCCAACUUGCAAAAGAACUUGGCUUGCAGCCUCGCCAAGUUGCAAUUUGGUUUCAAAACCGGCGAGCGAGGUUUAAGAACAAACAGCUGGAGAAGGAGUAUGACUCAUUGAAAGCUAGCUUUGACAAGCUCAAGGCUGAUCAUGACAAUCUCCUCAAGGAGAACGGAAGUUUGAAGAAUGAGAUUGAUUCCCUCAAGGACAUGUUGAUUUUGAAAGAUAAAGGAAAGCCUGGAAAAAGAAAUUUGGAGUUGCAUGAUGCAAACAAUAUUAUUUUAUCCGAUGUAAAGCCCCAAAGUGCAACUCCAAAUGCAGCUUCUGAUAAUGUGCCAAUGGUGGUAUGCAAGCAAGAGGAUGCAAGUUCUGCCAAAAGUGAUGUUUUUGACUCAGAUAGCCCGCAUUGCACUGAAAACCAUUCUUCGUUGUUAGAGCCUGCUGAUUCUUCUCAUGUCUUUGAACCAGCUGAACAGUCGGAUUUCUCACAAGAUGAAGAUGAUGAUCUCAGCAGGACCCUUUUGCCCCCACCCUACUUCUUAAAACUUGAAGAUAGCUGCUAUGAUGAGCCGCCUGCAAGUUCUAGUAAUUUUGUGUUCCCAAUGGAAGAUCAGCAGCCCUUUUGUUUCUGGCCUUACUGAGAGAGAGAUUAUCAUGUUUCACGUUGACAGACUGCUAUAUUUCUCUCUGAUGAAAUGUGAAGUUCUCAGUUGUAAUUAUGGUUAAGUUAACUAGCAAUAAAUCCAAUUAUUUUGUCCGUUCA